CAAAAUUAAAUCAACGGCUCCACUCAGGAGCUUGCCUGGCUUUGGAGACGCGUGAAACGUGUUGCUCAGAGCUGCUGCUCGCACCGCGCUUUCGUUUGUCAUAGAGCCAUGGCAGCGUCUCUGCUGCGGAACUGCUUGAGGGCCGGUGUAGGUCGCAGCAACAGCAGCCUGGUCGCUGCAGUGAGCGGUCGCGGGAGCAAUUGUUUCGGAACCAAGCCGGUCGCGCCUGCGCUGGUUGCGGGGAGAGCGCCCCGUCGCAUGCUGUCUCGGAGCUCUGAUGGCGGCGCUGGCACGGGAGCUGGGGGCGGCCACGGCGGCGGCAGCAUUCGUGGAAAGCCAGUGGGCUCCGGCGGUAGCGGAGAGCCGUCGGGCUCGGGUGGUGGCUUUGUCGGCUGGUACAUGAGCUGCCUGGAGGCCAACCCGCUGCUCACCAAGUCGCUGACCUGCGCGCUGCUGAACGCUCUGGGCGACAUCUUCUGCCAGCUGUUCAUCGAGAAAAGCAGCAGCAUUGACGUGAAGCGUACCGGCACGUUCACGUUCCUGGGCAUGUUCCUGGUGGGCCCCACGCUGCAUUUCUGGUACUCGAUUCUCAACAAGCUGGUGCCCGCCGGCGGCGCUACCGGCGCGGUGCUGCAGCUGCUGCUGGACCAGGGUGUGUUCGCACCGCUGUUCCUGGCCACCUUCAUCUCGGUGCUGUUCAUCAUUGACGGCAAGCCGCACAUGAUCAAGCCCAAGCUGCAGCAAGACUGGUUCGAGACAAUCAAGGUCAACUGGGUGCUGUGGAUCCCCGCGCAGUACUUCAACUUCCGCUUCGUGCCGCCCAAUCUCCAGGUGCUGGUGGCCAACAUAGUUGCGCUGGUGUGGAACACCUACAUGUCCUUCCAAAGCCACAAGGCUGUUGCGCCCGCGGUGGCCAAGUAAAGCCUCGCUUCAGCUAUAACUUCAAACCACAAUAAGGCCCAGCAGGGCUCACACGCAACCAUAAAGGUGUGUCAGUUUGUUUAUGAUUGUUGUAAAGACUCUGACUGACGUGAGUCAUGCUGAUCUUUGUAUGGGACGUCGCCGCUGGCAAGUUGUGUGCAUCCUGCAGGACGAAAGUUACGUUAUUUAGCUGUGUGACUGGAAGUCGUGUGAAGUCGUUGUGAGUUGUGCGUAUUACUCCAGGUACUCGGCCUUCUCGUCCAGGCCGUUCUGCGCGCAGGACAAUAGGCGCGUUAAGUUAGAGAGGAAGGUCAUAAGUCCCCAGAUGCUGCACGGCACUAAGGCGCCGAAGGAGUAAAGAGAGAUGGGAGCACAUCACGACUGGGGCUCCUGAAGAAGUCGCUGUAACUCCUCGUGUA